AUGUCCGUCGAUCAAGAUCGCCUUCGCAAUGUUGAGAAGCCCCAAGAGGGGGGUCUGAAUGUAGUCGUGGAGUCGACCCCUGUUGUCCCGGAAGAGUUGGUUCCCUCCUCUGAGACUUCAAAACUCGUUGAUACAAAAGACGAGGAUGCCGCCAAGCCGCCGGUCUCGACCGAUGAAGAUGUGUCCUAUGCGUUCGUCAAGACUCCAGAAGCCCGAGAGAAGAUUCGAAAACUCACAGAGAGCAUGCGACAAAUGGUAGAGCGUAUACCACGACUGAAAGCUGAAAUGCCUCAAAUGCAAGAAGAACUUGAAUAUAUCCACAGGGAUCUCUCUUUUCAUACAAAUAUCAUCUCCGUGUUGAACGAAGUGAAGGAAGAUGAUCUGCCAUCUUGGAUGAAAGGUUUGAAUGUACUCCGGCGAGGUUUGAGAGUCGAGAGGCAUCCCAAGAGAUCCACCGGUCUAAAAGGUGAACUACUACUACAAAUAGUGGUGACAGAGUUGCUACGGGGCAUACACGAAGGUGACUAUGUGCUUCGCAUAUUUGAUCUUUCGUCUGUAUCUCCUCUGCUCAAUGACGGUUUUACCGCUACCGAUGAAGAGUUUAAACACUCCAUCUCGGGUACAACUUGGAAACGGGAAUUCCAACAUCUUCAUUCUGAUGAUGAUUGGCUUAAUCAGGAGGAUACUAUUAAAGGAAUGGUGAAUCAUAUUAAUGGUGGUUGGGAGUAUUAUGGUAAUGCUGAACCUUCUCCAUGGGUUUCAACUACCGCGAACUUUGAAUGGGCUAUAUGGGAAAUAGUCAGGAGACUUGAUAAAGACAUGACUAAAAGUGUUAAAUUAUCAGUCAUUAAUCGUUAUGAUUGUUAUUCUUCCUAUUAUCAUGGAGUUAAAGCUAUUCAUACAAAUGCUUCGGAAAUUAUCCAAGCAUUUCUUGAAAGACCGUAUAAUUACGGUAUGUAUGAUCAUGAACGGGCAUUGAAAUUUUCAAAAACCGCUUCGGAAGUUUUAUUCUAUGGAAAGAUUUUCAGAAAAGAUAUUGUGGAGACAACUAGGUGGAAUAGGUAUAGAAAACCUCUUUGGUUACCUAAAGAAUUUAUACUUCCUUAUCAUGAGAAGGAAAGAAACUGUACUUGGAUAGAAUCUUUGGUAUGGGAUCCGUCCGAUUCCUUUUCUGAGGCCAAAGCGAAGAUACAGGAGAGGAGGAACCAGUUACAUGCUUGGAGUAUUUUCUCUAAGCCCGUUCAUUUAGAUCUAUGUCAAUUGGCCCCAACUACGAUAACAGGGAUGAAACCGUGUUAUUCCCUUUUACUGUGA